AAGGGCUGCUCUCGGGAGGACGCGCUGUCCUCUGACGCAUAGGGACACUCUCCGGGGCUCUGAAUGAAAAUUAUUCUUCCCAGCACAGAGAAGAUGGUGCUGAAGACGUUAUUGGUCAUGACUGUUCUUGGAAUGAGCAACUGGCCCUGUGCAGGUUUCCCGGUGUAUGACUACGACCUGGCCUCCCUGCGGCAGGCCCUGGGCGCCUCGGUGGCAGAAGUGAACGCUCGGUCCCUGAGCCCGUAUCUGUUCCGGGCGUUCAGAAGCUCCAUAAAAAGAGUCAAUAUUCUGGGUGAGAACAGCUCGAGCUUGGAUAUAGAAUUCAGCGUGCGGGAGACUACAUGCAGGAGGGAUUCUGGGGCAGACCCCGCCACCUGUGACUUCCAAAGUGGCUACUACGUGCCAGCAGCCUCUUGCAGAAGCACCGUGCAGAUGUCUGCUGAGCAGGUGCAGGACGUGUGGGUUCAUUGCCGCUGGUCCUCCAGCUCCGAGUCCGACAGCAGCGAAGAGAUGGUUUUUGGGGGUAUAUUGGGACCCUCUAGAUGGAGAAACAGUUAUCUAGUUGAUCUCAUUCCUGACAAACCCAGACGUGAACAGUUUUAUGAACGGUCACAUGAGACCAUGAGAAGGGUCUUUCCCUCUGGAUAUAGAAGGUAUCCGAACCAGCGGCACAGAGCGGGAGUAAAUACUGGCUUUGAGUAGCAGUCUUGAGAAAAAUGCAUUGGAAGGAAAAGUUCCAGUGAAGAAAGAUGCUUCAUGAAUUGUGUAACUUUCCUUUUGGUUGGUUGCAGUCCUUAAUAAAUGUCUUACGUUUUCUCUUUCA